AUGGACACCCUUGACCAAUCCUCUUUCUCCGCCAGCAUGGAUGAGAUCAACCAGAUCGAGAUCUGUCGGCUCCAGGCUGAGGCCUGUCAUCUGUCUACCGAGAACCACGACUUGGCGCAGCUUAAAGAGGUCGAUCAGGAGCAAAUCAUCAAGCUUCAGAACGAGAACGACAGGCUCAAACACAGCAACGCCACCAAGGACUCCUUCAUUAUGGCCCUUAUCCAAGAGAAACAGGACCUGGAAGAGCAGAACGCCCAGCUUCGGUCUGAGCGUUACCUUGGGGAUCAAAGACACACCGUCAACAACUCGAAUUUCCCCCACAAUUCGAUCAUGGCACAAGCUUCUACGCCCACGGAACCCUUGUCACCUUCAGAGACGCUUGUCAACGAGAAUGAUGAGGACCUCGACGCCAUGGACAUUGAUGAGCCUGCUAAGGGCGGCGAUCUCUCUGCUUCUGAUAGCGGAUUCGAGGGCUAUGGAUCGGAAGGUGCUUGGGAUAUGGUUUAG